AUGCACACCUUCAUGAACGUGCCGGUCCUAUUGGUCUGUCUUAUUGCCGCCUGGGCUGAUGCCACGGACAACACGAGACCAGAGGUCUUCAGACCAUUUCUGAGAGCGAAAUACAAUGACAAGAUUAACUUAACUUCAGCCACCAUUUCAGAGGGUGGGCAGUAUGAGAAGCCAAAAGGUAAAUGCGCCUUUGAUUCUAAUCAUCAAGUGGUUAAUUGCACCUGUGACACCAGCAACGGUUUGGUGGACGAUAAAACUCACCCUGGGGAGAUCUACGCAGCCGUGUGUGGUGACGAUUGUCAAGAUACCUCCCACUGCCCGAAGCCUCCUACUGGAAUGGCGCAAUGCGGAAUUUUGAGAGUAUGCACUAUCAAAUGCCACAGUGAUAAGGACUGUCCUGCAGGAGCGUUUUGUGCGAAGAUAUCGUUCCCGUAUUGCACUUUCCGCAACACCUAG